UCCCUGUGCCCAGGGCGGCCCGGGGGCGGUCCAGCCAAGUGGUGAUGGCGCAUAAAACCUCUGGCCACCUGCCGCCCACUCCUCCGUGCGCUGCUGUCCGGGGCCCGCCGUCCCCGAAGUCCUCUCCUCUGUUGCAUCUGUCGCCUUGGUCGCCGUCCCCGUCCCCCUGCAGGCGCGGAGCCCCGCAAGCGCCGGGCGGACACCAGGGCGCAAGACAUGGGUAGCAGAGCCAAGGCGCGCUGGGCGGCCGCGGCGUUUGGCGUCACGGGGCUGCUGUGUGCUGUCAUGGGCGUCGUCAUGAUCGUGAUGGUGCCCUCGAUCAUCAAGGAGCAGGUCCUCAAGAAUGUGCGCAUCGAUCCCAGUAGCCUGUCCUUCAACAUGUGGAAGGAGCUCCCCAUCCCCUUCUACUUCUCCGUCUACUUCUUUGAUGUCCUCAACCCCGACGAGAUCCUGAAGGGCGAGAAGCCACAGGUGCAGGAGCGCGGGCCCUACGUGUACAGGGAGUUCAGGCACAAGAGCAACAUCACCUUCAACGACAAUGACACGGUGUCCUUCCUUGAGUACCGCAGCUUCCAUUUCCAGCCCGACAAGUCUGGUGGCUUGGAGAGCGACUACAUCGUCAUACCCAACAUCAUGGUCUUGGGUGCCUCCGUGAUGAUGGAAGAUAAGCCCACGAGCCUGAAGCUGAUCAUGACCUUGGCAUUCAGCACCCUUGGUGAACGCGCCUUCAUGAACCGCACCGUCGGGGAGAUCAUGUGGGGCUACGAGGACCCCCUCGUGAAUCUCAUCAAUAAGUACUUUCCAGGCAUGUUCCCCUUCAAGAGCAAGUUCGGGUUAUUUGCUGAGCUCAACAACUCCAAUUCCGGGCUCUUCACCGUGUUCACCGGGAUCAAAAACAUCAGCAGGAUCCACCUUGUGGACAAGUGGAAUGGACUCAGCAAGGUCAACUACUGGCAUUCCGACCAGUGCAACAUGAUUAAUGGGACUUCUGGGCAAAUGUGGGCGCCCUUCAUGACUCCUGAAUCCUCGCUGGAAUUCUACAGCCCCGAGGCCUGCCGGUCCAUGAAGCUGAUCUACAAGGAUUCGAGGGUGUUUGAAGGUAUCCCCACCUAUCGCUUCGUGGCCCCCAAAACCUUAUUUGCCAAUGGGACCGUCUACCCACCCAAUGAAGGCUUCUGCCCUUGCCUGCAGUCUGGAAUUCAAAACGUCAGCACCUGUAGUCUCAAUGCGCCCAUGUUUCUCUCCCAUCCUCACUUCUACAACGCCGACCCGGUCCUGGCAGAAGCUGUGCUCGGCCUCCACCCUAACCAAGAAGAGCAUUCUUUGUUUCUGGACCUCCACCCGGUCACCGGCAUCCCCAUGAACUGCUCCGUGAAACUGCAGCUGAGCCUCUACAUCAAAGCCAUCAGAGGCAUCGGACAAACCGGGAAGAUUGAGCCCGUGGUCCUGCCACUGCUGUGGUUUGCAGAGAGCGGGACCAUGGAGGGCGAGACGCUGCAGACGUUCUAUACCCAGCUGGUGCUGAUGCCCAAGGUCCUGCAUUACGCCCAGUACGUCCUCCUCGCCCUGGGCUGUGUGCUGCUGCUCAUCCCGGUCGUCCACCAACUCCGGAGCCAGGGUCCCAAAGAAGCUGUGAGCCAGCCAAGCCUGGCGGCUCAGCCGGAACAGCUCCCUGGCCCCUACAACCCGCUUCUUGAGGACUCUCCCAGUGGACAGCCCGCCAGUCCCAAAGCCUGAGCCCCCCGGUUGCCACACAGCUGUCCGCACACAUGCACACAUGCCCCUGCACGUGUACACACACGUGUGUACAGGCAUGUGCAGACACACUCAGGGAUGGAGCUGCUGCUGAGGGGACUCCAGAGGAGACUCAUCAAUAAGCACUGUUUUGGAACCUUCUCUCCAUGUGACCCACAGGCCUGACCACAGGUGCUGUGGGCAUGGCGUAUCCUCCCUUGGGUGAGCCUGGCCCAUCCCACACAGGGCCCAGGUGCUUGACGACAUAUACCACCUGCUUCCCUCCCUGUUGGGCACAAAGCACUGUAGCCCCGGCUUGGUAGCUUGCCUACAAAGAACACGCCAUCUGCUCCACCGUCCUGGAAUCCCAGGCUGGGAAUGCAGGCACAGGGCCCUGGCCAGGAGCUGUGGCUAUUGUCUGCCUGCCUUGGCUGGGGCCGUGCGACUUCACACAGGCCUCAGAAAACCAUGUGGCACAAGACACGCCUGCACCAGCCCCACAACCUCCCCCACCAUCUUCCACCUCCCCGGAAUCUGCACAGACACCAGGUUUGGGUCACCACACUGAGCUGGCCACUGCCUAGCUGGGGUGGUGGCAGGCUCAGCCCUGACCUGUCACUCACAGUGUCCCUCAGCUUUUAGGGGCCAGGGUGGAGGUGGAGAGGCCUUAGGGGCCUGUCCUCCCCUAGCCGAGUGCCUCCCCCGUCACCCUCUGCCUGGUGCUCCUGGUCCCUGGGGCAAGCCCUCUUCUCUUUUCUACCUUGAGAGAAAUGAGUUUUGUUAUCUUUUAAAAAUAAUUCACUA